AUGACAGACACCGGAUAUCCAAGCACAUACACGGGCGUCGAGCAGAUUCUCGAGCGCCUGCUCGGUCCCGAAGGAUGCCCCUGGGACAAAGAACAGACGCGCGAGGCACUAGCCGGCAUGUUCCUGGAGGAGUGCUACGAGUUCAUAGAGGCAGUCGAGGAAGGCGAUACCGACAAGAUGGUGGAGGAGCUUGGCGAUGUGCUCUUCCAUGUCAUGUUCCAGCUCAAGCUCGGCGAGGACAAUGGCGAGUUCACGCGAGAGGAUGUGCUAGGCACUCUGGUGGAAAAGCUUCUGCGCCGCCAUCCCCAUGUCUUCGGCGACAAGCAGGUGUCGGGCGCCGACGAGGCUAUCGCCAGCUGGGACGCCGUCAAGCGGCAGGAAAAGGCGGCAAGCGGCGGAUCAAUCCUGGAAGGUGUCCCCAAAAACAUGCCCGCGCUGGCGUAUGCCCAAGCGGUGCAGGCGCGCGCCGAACGCGCCGGCUUCGACUGGGACAGCUUCCAAGGCGUGCUCGACAAGGUGACCGAGGAACUUUCGGAGAUUGAAGCGGCGAGUACUGACGAUGAGCGCGAAAGUGAGUUGGGCGACCUGCUGUUCUCCGUGGUCAACGCCGCACGCUGGCUGAACAUCGAUGCCGAGGCGUCCCUGCGCGGCACCAACCGCCGCUUCUACCGGCGCUAUGCCAUCAUGGAGCGGCUCAGCAGAGAGCAGGGCGUUUCAUUCGACACGCUCUCCAUGGACGAAAAGGAAGCCCUGUGGCAGGAGGCGAACGUCAGCAGUUAG